AAAACUUUAGCACAAAUUCUGAAACACUACAAUAAAGCUAAAUUUUUUUCCUUUUUAGUUAUUCUAAGGACAUACUCUAUAUUAAUCGGAACUUUGAUCACCUUAAAAUGGUUAUUUGAUACAAGCCUAUUGAUAAAACAGACUGGUGAAAUUUUAAACCUUAAAAUGAUGACAUUAACUUCUUUCCGACAAAGUGAAAAUCUGUUGAUAACAUACUAGAAACAGACUAGAAUCAAUUUGCAUCAAAACGAAUCGAAUGAAAAUUUUUAUAAAUCAAUUAGCCUCUAGAAAUUUUCCGAUCCGAAACGAUUCUUUUCGUUCUUGAAUAGAAGUGCAGAUUAGCAAAACCUUUCACAUCAAAAUGAUGCAAAGUUGCCUGUUUCCAGGCAACAAAGAUAAUAUGCUUCAAAAAUUCUAUACUAGCUGCUUGCUAAAUAUUUUUAAAAGAAAAUCAAAUCGAUUAACACUGCGAAUCCUAAAAACAAUUCAAAAUUUUCUAUAUAUCUUAAUACAUAGAUGCUGUUUUCUUGCUGUUUUAUAUCAUGUUUAACAAAUUAUUACGCAGGUGUUUUACUCUCACUUUCACGCUCAUUUUCGGCUUAAUUUUUGAAUAUCAUUGUGUUGUGUAUACAGAAAUAUGCUCAAUGUAUGCUAGGCUAGUGUAGAUGUAGCUUUUACCGGCUUAAAGUAUAAAGAAGAGUUGAAAUGGAGUGACAAAAUGGAGAAUAUAUUGAAAUAUAAUGGAACUUAUUAUUUCGGUUGUUGACUAUGGGAUACCGUACAUACAACAUUAGCAAACAAAGGGCAUUGGUGUUUGUGUAUUUAAUGAUACAAAUAGUAUGUAUGGUAUCCACUGAACAAUUAAGCACAGAAAAGAUAUUCACUGAACUCGGAGGAAAGUCAUAUAACAUAAGAAGGAAGUUGAAAAAACAUAGGCAUGGUUUUCAUCACAAAGAAUUGGUAAAUACGUCAUUUAUUCGGCAACUAGAUGUGCAUGACAAUUCUAAAAAAGAGGAAGAGCGCAGCUAUUCUUUACGUAGUACUUCGUACGCUUACGUUAUGGAAAUGGAGUUGGGCACACCACCUCAGGUGCUGGAAUUUUUAAUAGACACCGGAUCGGCAAAUAUGGCAAUAGCUGGUCCGGAAUGUAGAGACGAGCAUGGCACGAAGUGCAAAAUAGACACUUUUUAUGAUCCAGGCAAAUCCAGUACAUCUCUGCAUAUCGGUCGUCCUGUAGAAACAGAGUAUGGCAAAGGAUCAUGGUCUGGAGAAGUUUAUAGUGACGUAGUUAGUUUCCCAGGCGGGCCUGGGAUUGUGGCAGAAUUUGCUGUUAUAAAACAAGAGAAGGAAUUUUUCCUCAAAAACUCUGUAAAUGAAGGUAUUCUUGGGUUAGCGUAUAAAUCACUCUCAUCUAGUCAAAUAGAACCUUUAUAUGAUCAGCUUGUGCAUGAUAAAAAAUCUCCAGAUGUUUUUACUUUAUCACUAUGUAAUGGUAAUGGAAAAUUUUGGUUAGAUUAUCCUGCAGAUCAUGAAUACCAUGCACCGAUACAUUGGACGCGUAUUAUACACCGAGCAUGGUACACAGUACGUAUGACUGGCAUAGAUGUGGCUGGACAUAGUCUCGGUCUUUCACCAUAUAGUUACCCACCUGCUAUUGUAGACAGUGGGACCACAGAUAUAUUACUUGAACCUGAAAUAUACAUAGCGGUGAUAGCAAUGUUGAAGAAAAAUGGUCCAGCUGUGGACGAACGAUUUUGGAAUAAUUACUGCGUGGAAACAGAUCCUUACAAAUGGCCAUACAUCACCAUAUACUUAAAAAAUAUGAAGGGAGGGUCAUUUGCAUUGACAAUAUUGGGAAAACACUACGUAAGGAAACAAGAUAGAUUUUAUUGCCUAAGUAUUGGCGCAAAGCAGUUUGGUGCUGUACUGGGAGAAGUUACAUUGGAAGGUAACGUUGUUGUUUUUGAUAGAGCUAAUCAUCGCGUAGGUUUUGCUUCAAGCAAUCUUACUGAUCCGGAUACUGGUUCACCUUGUGGAAAUCCUACCAAUAUCAACACGACUGUUACGGGAAAACUUAGGGAUUACUGCCACGCUGCUUUUAUGCCACGGGUGAGCUGUUACGAAUCGUGUGAUUCGUGCACUAUUAAUUACGGUGCUUGGUGCCCACAAGGACGAAUAUUUGUGUGGAUAAACGGCGUCAAGUCAACGUUAGACGCGUCAACUGGAUUCUGUUGGCUUGGUAACGCCUUUAGUUUUGAAUCAACGAAGUUUCAAACUUAUUUACAAGGACAUGGAAGCGUAGAGUUUGAAUUGGAAUGUUUCUCUAUUCUACCAAUGUAUAAGCAAUGUUAUAUAAGAGGUGAAUGGUUGUUCGCAAUUCUCGUUGUAGCUUGUUUUGCUGUUGUAAUCUUGUGUGUCUGUUCGUGCUGCAGAAGAGUUUAUGAAGCUGACACCAGGGAGAAUUAUCCUAUACAUUACAACGGUCAAAGAGAGAUGUUCCCCAUAUAUGAUCCAAAGCGAAGUGGAACCUACGAAAGUAUAAACAGGUGAAGCUAAGUAUAAAAAUAGAGAAUGGAUUAUUACGAAUAUUGUAUAUGUGUAAUAUAUUACUGUUUGUACGCAUGUUAUAA